GAACCAAAAGUUCACAAAGAACUAGAAUCUUUUCUUUAGUCUCUCCAUAAAAACACACAUUUUACACGAUUUUUAGUGUAUGUUUGUGUGUUUCUUGGUAUCUUUCUUUAAAUUAAUAUACAGAAAGCAAGAAAGAGCAAAGUAGAAAUUGGCAUAAAAGCUAAUUUAUAAGGGAAAAAAACACAGGAUUUUUCUCUGUGUCGAAGAUUUCUGAUGGAUAUUGGGUUUGUUAAAAUGCCGAAGUUUAAUUUACUGUUGAUGAUGUUAUUGUGUUCAUGGGUUUGUUUCUGUAACGGGUCUGUUUCAUACGACCACAAAGCUAUCUCCAUUAAUGGCCAAAGAAAAAUUCUUAUUUCUGGAUCCAUUCACUACCCGAGAAGCACUCCAGAGAUGUGGCCAGAUCUUAUCCAGAAGGCAAAAGAAGGAGGGUUAGAUGUGAUUCAAACUUAUGUUUUCUGGAAUGGACAUGAACCACAACCUGGUCAAUAUUAUUUCGAAGAUAGGUAUGAUUUGGUGAAGUUCAUUAAGCUGAUUAAGCAAGCUGGACUCUAUGCUCAUCUCAGAGUUGGUCCUUAUGCUUGUGCUGAAUGGAAUUUUGGGGGUUUUCCUGUUUGGUUGAAAUAUGUUCCAGGAAUCAGUUUCAGAACAGAUAAUGGUCCUUUCAAGGCUGCUAUGGAAAAAUUCACAAGGCACAUAGUGAACAUGAUGAAAGCAGAAAGAUUAUACGAGACGCAAGGUGGUCCAAUUAUUUUAUCUCAGAUUGAGAAUGAAUAUGGACCGUUGGAGUAUGAACUUGGAGCUCCGGCUCGAGCUUAUACAAAAUGGGCGGCUUCCAUGGCGGUGGGUCUAGGAACCGGAGUUCCAUGGGUCAUGUGCAAGCAAGACGAUGCCCCUGAUCCAGUUAUAAAUACUUGUAAUGGAUUUUACUGCGACUAUUUCUCUCCCAACAAAAAUUUCAAGCCCAAAAUGUGGACAGAAGCUUGGACAGGAUGGUUCACUGAGUUUGGAGGUGCGGUUCCUUAUAGACCAGCUGAAGAUUUGGCAUAUUCAGUUGCUAAAUUUAUCCAAAGUGGUGGAUCUUUUAUUAAUUACUAUAUGUAUCAUGGAGGAACAAAUUUUGGACGAACUGCAGGUGGCCCGUUUAUUGCAACAAGUUAUGAUUAUGAUGCCCCUCUUGAUGAAUUUGGACUAAAACGGGAAGCUAAGUGGGGACACCUAAAAGAUCUUCAUAGAGCAAUAAAACUAUGUGAGCCCGCUUUAAUAAACAGUGACCCCUCUAUCAUCACCCUUGGAAACUAUCAAAAGGCAUAUGUUUACAAAUACAAAACUGGAGGCUGUGCUGCUUUCCUUUCAAAUAACAACCGAGCUGCUUACGCGACAGUAAGCUUUCAAAACCGACGGUACAAUCUCCCACCAUGGUCCGUCAGCAUCCUGCCUGACUGCAAGAACACCGUUUACAAUACCGCAAGGGUAGGUGCACAAACCGCGUUGAUGAAGAUGACAUCAGCAGGGAGUGGAUUUGCUUGGCAGUCAUACAAUGAUCAAACCGAAUCCUACGAUGACAACUCGUUUACAACAGUUGGAUUAUUGGAGCAACUUAAUGUCACUAGAGAUUCUUCCGAUUAUUUGUGGUACAUGACAGAUGUCAGGGUGGGGUCCAAUGAAGGGUUCUUAAGAAGCGGGAAGUGGCCUACACUUACUGUCCAAUCCGCAGGUCAUGCUUUGCAUGUUUUCAUCAACGGUCAACUAUCAGGAACUGUUUAUGGAAGUCAAAAAAAUCCAAAAGUAACUUUUAAUAAACCGGUAAAUCUAAGAGCUGGAUUGAACAAGAUUUCUUUACUAAGCAUUGCAGUUGGUCUCCCAAAUAUUGGUCCACAUUUUGAGACAUGGAAUGCGGGUGUUCUUGGUCCAGUCACACUUUAUGGUCUCAAUCAAGGGAAGAGAGACUUGACAUGGCAAAAAUGGUCUUAUAAGGUUGGCCUGAAAGGCGAAAUUCUAAGUCUUCACUCACUCUCUGGUAGUUCAUCUGUUGAGUGGAUUCAAGGUUCAUUAGUGACUCAAAGACAACCGUUGACAUGGUACAAGACUGUUUUCAAUGCUCCAAAUGGGAACGAGCCUUUGGCUUUGGACAUGAGCAGUAUGGGAAAAGGUCAAAUAUGGAUAAAUGGUCAAAGUGUUGGACGUUAUUGGCCUGCAUACAAGGCAUCUGGUUCUUGUAGUACUUGCAGCUACGCGGGUUAUUUUGAUGAGAAAAAAUGCCUAAGUAAAUGCGGUGAAUCUUCACAAAAAUGGUACCAUGUGCCCCGAUCAUGGUUAAAACCAAGAGGAAACUUGUUGGUGGUGUUUGAAGAAUUGGGAGGAAUUCCUUAUGGGAUAUCAUUGGUGAAAAGAGGGGUUUACAGUGUGUGUGCAGAUAUAUAUGAAUGGCAACCUUCAUUGAUGAAUUAUGAAAUGCAAGCUUCUGGUAAAGUCACCAAACCAUUGAGGCCAAAAGCUCAUCUUUCAUGUAGCCCUGGUCAGAAGAUUUCAUCUAUAAAGUUUGCUAGCUUUGGAACACCAUUAGGGGGUUGUGGUAGUUAUAGUGAGGGUAGCUGUCAUGCUCAUAACUCCUAUGAUGCCUUCAAUAAGUUAUGUGUUGGACAACAAGCAUGCACAGUACCUGUAACACCUGAAAUAUUUGGAGGUGAUCCUUGCCCAAAAGUAAUGAAGAAGCUUUCAGUUGAAGCCAUUUGCAGUUGAUGAUGAAAUUAUUUCAAAUAUCUAUAGUUAUUAUUUAUAAAAUUUAUAUGAAUAUUUGGUAACCAAGAAUAGCCGUUAUGCGAACAAGGUCGCUACACGGCCAUAUGAUAGGCUUAGGCCAAAGGUGAAGUUGUACAGAUAUGCAACACACCGUUGUGGUUCAAGAGCCUUGUAAUGUAUACGGACUUUGAAGAUUGGUGUAUAUAUAGUUCGCUUAUGUGCGAAUGUAAUAUUAGUAGGAAAGCACGUUGAGACUCGUGAUUCGAGUCCAUGAGCUUAUGUUUUCAUUUUGGUUAUUUGAAGGGAGAUGUAAAAGCUUCUGGCUUUUCUUGUCUUUGUUUAUUUUGUGGAUGUAAAAACGGUUGAAAAUGGUAAUUUUUAAUUGGGUUUCUUGAA